ACUCUCAACUCUCAAGCCAGACGACGUUACAAGCAAGAAACUUUGACUGAUAGAGAGAGACUUUUCUUCUUCUCUUUGUCGCUGUCGACUCCUCAUUGUCUCAAAGUGAUUUUGAGGGCUUUUUGCUGCAUCAGGAUUUCGAUUUCAAGCGUGUUUGAACAGUGUCAGCUUUCAACGUAUAGAAGCAACUAAAUAGAAGGGUGCAUGUUUCUCUCGUAGUUACUUUAAAUAGACAGCAGCAGUUAUGGAUAUCAACGAGAGGGUUAGUAAUGCCUUAUGUGCAACUCGGGCUCUGGAUAUUCCUGAUGAAGAAGUCAAACCAAUACUAAAACAGCUACUGAAACUUUAUGAAAAGAACUGGGAACUUAUGGAAGCAGAAGGCUAUCGCGCUCUUAUAGAUGCAUAUUUUGAACUCAAAGCGAAAAAGGGGGUGAAAGAUGUGGAAAAAGCCAUUUUGGAGCAUGAUGCCUCUGAAAAACCAUCCAUGAAAUUACAUUCUGGUGUGCAGGAAGAUCAGGUCUCACCAACAAUGGAUAAGUCAAGAAAAUUUUUAGCUCCCAAAGAGGGCAAAAGAUUGAAAAGUAUGAGCGGACAAGGAGCUAUGGAUUCAUCUCAACCAGACUUGCAGGAAGAAAGAAACGAAUCUGGUAUCCUACUUCCUCAUGCUCAGUUUAUGGGCAGGUGGAAGGAAGUAAUCCCAUCUUGCGGGACCAAAAUAGAUCGAAAUUUGGCUUCAAAGGGGACAUCAUGCUCAUCAUAUCCUGAAAAAAGCAUUGAAGAACGUGAACCAUCUCAUAUCUUGAGGAAAAAUGUGUAUCGUAAACAUCUCAGUAAACAGUUCAUGCCGUCUAAAAGUGAGCAGAUUAUCAAUGACCAAAAACAAAUUUACAAACCUAUUUCUGUUGUUGAUCAAGGCGUCCUGGAAACUCCUUCAAGUGGUAAAAGUAUUGUGAAAUCAGCAUCAGAGAAGAAGUUGAUGCGCAGUGAAGAGAGUGCUUCGGGAUGCAAUGACAACACAAACCAUAUGGAGUCGAACGUGAAGGAUAUGAGCAAACAUAGGUCUUCAGGAUCUUCUAAUUUGGCAAAUGCUCAUUCUCAGUCAGCUAAUAAUGAUGAGAGGAGGUGCUUCUCUUACAUCAGUGACAUUACAAAGGGUGCAGAAAAUGCAAAAAUUUCCUUAAUUAAUGAAAUUGCUAAUGAGGAUCUACCCAAAUUUUCUUACAUACCACACAAUAUAAUCUAUCAGAGUGCUUAUGUACAUAUCUCACUGGCUCGGAUUGCUGAUGACGAUUGCUGUUCAGGCUGUUCUGGAGACUGCCUUUCAUCAUCAAUUCCAUGUGCUUGUGCACGUGAAACUGGUGGGGAGUUUGCUUAUACUCAACACGGGCUACUUAAAGAAGAAUUUCUAAGUGCUUGUAUUUCUAUGAAUCUGAACCCUGAAAAACACCCUUCAGUUUUUUGUCAAGACUGCCCGUUAGCAAGGUCUAAGGAUGACUGCUCACCAGAGCCAUGCAAGGGUCAUUUGGUCAGAAAGUUUAUAAAAGAAUGCUGGAGGAAAUGUGGAUGUGACAUGUGUUGUGGAAAUCGUGUAGUGCAGCGAGGUAUUACGUGCAAAUUGCAGGUGUUCUGGACUCGUCAAGGUAAAGGCUGGGGCGUUAGAACACUGGAAAAAUUGUCUAAAGGAACUUUUGUCUGUGAAUAUGUUGGAGAGAUAUUAACCAACACGGAGUUGUAUGAUCGGAAUAUGAAAUGCACUGGCAAUGAGAGACAUACAUAUCCAGUUACACUUGACGCAGACUGGGGUUCGGAAAAAGUUUUAAGAGAUGAAGAGGCACUCUGUUUAGAUGCAACAUUUACAGGGAACGUUGCAAGGUUUAUUAAUCAUAGAUGUUUUGAUGGAAACUUGAUUGACAUUCCAGUUGAGGUGGAGACUCCAGAUCGCCACUAUUAUCAUCUUGCCUUUUUCACCAAAAGAGAAGUGAGUGCUUUGGAAGAGCUAACAUGGGACUAUGGGAUGGACUUUAGUGAUCAUGAGCAUCCCAUAAAAGCAUUUAACUGUUGUUGUGGCAGUCAACAUUGCCGAGAUGUAAAACCAAUUGAUAAGAGGAACAGAAAACAAACACAACAAAAGGAAGACGCAAAAUGCAAAAGACUCAAGAUAGCAACUAAAAGGACCGGGGCAGCCAUCCUUUGACAGGGAUAUAGGUCAGAGAGCAUUCCGUGGAGGCACAUCCUCAUCAUUUGCUUGAACUGUAACCCAAUUAGCUGCUUCAUUUCUUACUUUCCAGAAACCUGUGAUAUCAAACCCUUAACAGGAGCAUCAUUCAAGGAAUGCACUCCCAUUAGUUAAAACUUUUUUAACAUGUUGGAGCCUCUCUGGAUAUCUGCUUCACGUAUUGGUCUUUUCAAUUCCUAUUGUGAUAUAGCUUUACUGUCUGUUUUACAGAAACUGCAUCCACAUCCACUACUUAUGCUGCAUUGUUUCAAAUAUUGCAGCUUGGUUUGUGUACAGUUGUGUUUUGUUUGAUGUGUCUCCAUUUAGCUUGCUUUACCAGGAAUGCGACCUCUCUCGUGUCUGCAAAAGAUUUUGUCCAAGUUUCAGUUUUGAUGGAUUUAUUUAGUCAUAGAAAACUAGA